GCCCGCGACACCCGCGAUAAGGUGCUACGACACUAGUAUACUUAUGUACUAGAGCAGCAUUUUCCUAGUGCCCGCGUGACUUGUGAUGCAUACGAUGUGUCGUCAGUCGGAGUCCCCCGAUACCGGCGUCAACUAUACCCAUGAAUGUUAUAAGAUGGAACUUCGGAAGGGCUGCCUGAAAGUAACUAGUAACCCUCCAUAUCCGAUAUGUCUCAUCCAAUCAUGUCAGAAUUCGACAUCGUCUUUGCUGGAGGUGGCGCUACAGCUUGUGUUGUCGCAGGUCGCUUGGCUGCAUAUGAUCCCUCUCUCAGGAUCUUGAUUCUGGAAGCGGGUCAACACACCCUCAACAAACCUAUUCAUGUCCAACCCUCUCAAGCUCUCCUCAACCUAGCACCGACGAGCACCACGGUUACAUUCAACAUAGGAAAUCCAUCUCCUCAUAUCAACGGCCGUGCGCCGAUCGUUUUUUCCGGUCGUUGCGUCGGUGGAGGUUCAUGCGUGAAUUUUAUGGCAUAUACACGUGCACCUGCUUCGGACUAUGAUGAUUGGGGAGUUGAUGGUUGGGAAUCUCUGAAAUUGAUUUCUCUCAUGAAGAAGCUGGAGAAAUACGAAGUGCAGCCCGAUUGUCCAACUCACGGCUAUGACGGACCUAUCAAAGUGUCAUCUAGUGGGUGUAAGUUGGGUAUCUCCGACGAAUUCAUCCAGGUUGGCGCGACCUAUCACAAGAGACAGUAUGCCGAAGAUACUGACGAUUUGGAAACAUGCAAUACAUACAGUCCGUGUCAGAAGUACUUUGAUGGGUCAACCGGAAGGCGCUCUGAUGCGGCUCAUCACUAUAUCUACAACCAAGAUCACAACCCGAAUUUACACGUCUGGGACGGAAAGCGUGUGAAGCGGAUCAUCUUCGAAGACAAACGUGCUGUAGGUGUUGAGUUCACCAGCGAUCCAGUAUCUUGCCCGGAUGCGAAUCAGUCGUCAAGUAUUGUAAGAGCAUCAAAACUUGUUGUUGUCUCUGCCGGGGCGUUCGGUUCCCCGACCAUUCUGGAGAGGUCUGGGAUCGGUGCUGAGGCGAUACUCAAGCGGUGCGGCAUCGAGCAACUAGUGAAUUUACCUGGCGUCGGAGAAAAUUAUCGAGAUCAUUAUCUCGUCCUUGUUCCAUACCUGGCUACCGACGACAUCGUUACCCCCUUUCGUGGGGACAGUAUUCUACAGGGAAGCCUUGCACAAAACAGCCUUGAUUCAAAAAUCAAGUGGCGUCCUGAUGACGAGGAAUUGAAAGUCAUGAGUCCAGCUUUUCAACCACGCUGGAAGGAGUUCUUCCAGGACCGGCCUGACAAGGCUGUUGCAGUAUUUACUCAUUUUGCGCAAUACCUUCCACCGCCAUCAAGGUCGCUAUCGAACAUCCCAGCUCCUCGUAGCUCUAUGACUGCCUGUUAUUAUACACUUUACCCCACGUCUGUUGGAAGUGUCCACAUCAACGUGACAGAUGACGGCAAAGAACAAAUGGACUUUAAUACAGGCAUCCUAGAUGAUCCAUCCGAUAUUGUUCCUCUCAACUUCGGAUACAAAAAGACACGCGAAAUUUUUCGACGCAUGGCUUCCUACCGAGGUGAAGUCGCUGCUGACCAUCCUAAUUUCCCAGAGGGAAGUGCUGCAGCCUGCAGAGAAGCCUCCGGGCCAGUAGACUUGAAUGCGCCCGACAUCGUUUACACUGCCGAAGAUGACGAGGCGAUCGAUCGAUUCCACCGCGAUAUCGUGCAAACGAUGUCGCACUCGCUUGGGACUUGUGCCAUGAAACCGGAGGCAGACCAUGGAGUCGUCGACGCUCGGCUUAAUGUAUACGGGGUGUCGAACCUGAAGGUUGCAGAUAUGUCCAUUUCGCCGUUGAAUGUUGGCGGGAACACUUAUUCGACUGCACUUCUCAUCGGAGAGCGGGCUGCGAUGAUCAUUGCCGAAGACUUGGGCAUCGAUUGCAUUUGAUUUGUACCGUUAGGCGUAUUUAAUUAUGACUUCCUAGCAGAUUUAGGGACUUCCAGCGGGUCUUCAUCAUCUGAGAUCGCAUCUGCGAUAGCAUUACGCUGGUCAGUGCGACUCUUGUCACGGGCUCGACGGGCCUCACUCUUGCAUACAAUGUCAACGGCAUGAUGUAAAUGUCACAAUGCGACUCCUCCUGCCACUGACCGAGUGAGCCAAUCUGCCGGUGUUGUCAUCGUUGUCAACCCCAUUAGGUUUUCCCCCAACAUUCGCAAUAUACAGCAAAUUGCAAAAAAAACAUACACCCUUAAGGCCUAUUCUGAGGCGUGAUCCAUGCGGUGGGUUCAGGC